AUGACCAGCUUCCAGCACCCCUUUCAAAGCUUGAAACUUGUCAAGCGGCAGUCUCAAGGACUUCCUAAUGUGUUGGUGACCUCUGCGGGUCCCUAUAUCUACUCCUAUGCAGCCGAGAGCGGCCAGCGCCUGGCCGUAUGGCCCGAACAUAUAGAAACCAGCGGCGGAGCUGCUUCUGCUCCAGCAUCCACAUCGGAUGACCAAGCUCCUCCUGAGAAGAAGAUAAAGCUCUCAUCGCCUGAGAAUGAGUCCGAAGACAACCCUAGCACGACAACGGACGGUCCCACCAACAAGUCUCCUGCCUGGACCAAUAUCCCCAAGGUCUUGGCAACGUCUGAUGGCAAGCAUGUAGUCGCCUUGACCGCCGAGGACAAAUGCAUUCGAGUGUUCAGCUUGAGUGACGAUGGAAAGUUCAAGGAGCUCAGCUCUCGGAAUAUGGCUAAGAAGCCAUGCGCAUUGGAUUUGACCCACGAUGAUCAGACUAUCCUCUGUGCUGACAAGUUUGGCGAUGUCUACUCUUUGCCUCUAAUCCCCGGGGAGUACAUUAAGCCGAAGAUCCAAGCUAAAAAGGCUAAACCGGUCGCGACCACGCUCACCGUACACUCGAAGCGUAACCUUCGUUCAUUGGAGCAACAGCACCUCCAUGCCGAGCGGGCUGAAAAGGCUGAGGAGGUUCAAGAGGAGGAGAAGGCUGCGCUCAACUUUGAAUACCAGCUUAUCCUUGGCCAUGUUUCGAUGCUUACUGAUGUCAUCGCCGUGUCUCUACCUGGCGCUCCGGGCAGUCGCCCGCGGAAUUACAUCUUGACUGCGGAUCGUGAUGAGCAUAUUCGUGUAUCUCGUGGUAUCCCUCAGGCUCACGUGAUUGAACGACACUGUUUGGGUCACACUUCGCUUAUUAGCAAGAUCUGCAUUCCUUCGUGGGCGCCAAGUGUCCUGAUCUCUGGUGGGGGCGAUGGCCAGCUGCUUGUAUGGAACUGGAGUGAAGGUCAACUGCACCAAAGUGUUCCCCUGAGUGAUUCGUUCCAGGAUUCUAUCGUGAGUGGAAUCUGGGAUGUCUCUUUGACCAGCAUGCUGGUACCGCUGGGUCUAUUAGCCUCCCCUCAGCUCCUCUGCUACACUCUUGAGAGCGACAAUACACUCAAGUCCCAAGGUGUUAUUCAGCUAUCUGGGAAUGUGCUUGAUGUUGCCAGCAUUGAUUCACAUGGCUCUGUUCUCGUCUCGGUAGAUGCCGUCCGAGAGCCUGGCUCUACAGAUAUGUGGAAGUCGAGUGCGGUGUCUCCUCAGAUUCUCACGGAAUGUCUGCAGGCCAGCAAUUCUGACGGAAGCCUGAAGUGGACUGUGAAUGAAGAGUCAAGGACAGCCUGCAUCAAUGCACGUGGUACUUCUGAUCUUCCUGCCACACUGGAUGCCAAGCAGAAGAAGGCAAUUGACGACACUUUGUACAACCUGGGCAACCUUCGGAAGAGAACAUUUGAUGACUGA